AUGAGUGCCAAUUCCAUCAGGAAGGAAGACCUCAGUGGUGAUGAGGAUGAUGCCCAAGGCCUCCCGAACCGAACACACCGCUGUGAUGCACUGCACCACAUCUUGGCCCUCUUCUCGGUGGUCCUGAUUUACCUGGUCAUGGGCGCCUUUGUCUUCCGCCAGCUGGAACACCCCCAUGAGGUCCACCAACAGAUGAAACUCCAAGCCCACCUGGACCAGUUCUUAAGGCUGCACCAGUGUGUCGCUCCUGAGGAGCUGGAGGAACUCAUCCAGCAAGUUGCCAAAGCCUUGGAAGCUGGCGUGAACCCGCUCAUCAACAGCACAAGAGGCAACAGCUCACACUGGGAUAUGAGCAGCGCCUUUUUCUUCGCUGGCACCGUCAUCACCACCAUCGGAUUUGGGAACAUUUCCCCCAAGACGGAUGCUGGCCGGGUCUUCUGUAUCUUCUAUGCUCUUGUGGGGAUCCCUCUGUUUGGGAUGCUGCUCGCGGGAGUCGGAGAUCUUUUGGGAUCCACUCUCUGGAACGCCAUUGGCAAAGUGGAAAACAUUUUUUUGAAGUGGCAGGUCAGCGCGACCAUCGUGAGAGUGCUCUCAGCCUUGCUCUUCAUCCUCAUCGGCUGCAUCUUCUUCGUCCUUUUGCCGACCACCAUUUUCCAGCACAUAGAAGGGUGGACCUUCCUGGAAAGCAUCUACUUCGUGGUCAUCACAUUGACCACAAUUGGUUUUUGUGAUUACGUCGCAGGUUACACCAAAAGCAGCAAGCACAUCUGGUACCAGGUGAUGGUGGUGGUCUGGAUUCUGCUGGGCUUGGCUUACUUUGCCUCCAUCCUCACCAUGAUCGGCAACUGGCUGCGGGUCUUGCACACGAAGGCAGGGAUAUAUAGGUUCCUUGGAGUGCUUUCGCUGCUGACAUUCUCUUUGGCCUUUGAGAAGAAAGCCUCUGAUUUUGCCUUCAAACCAUGUUGGGUCUCAUCUGGCCUUCUGGAAAGUUUGACACACCAGGUUCUGAACCCAUGGAUCUCGCAGAAACCAAACCCGUGGUUCUUGCAGAAGCUGAAAUCACAUAACACAAUGGUUGUGGAACAAGGAAACUAGGUGAUCUCAAAACACAAGAAGAUUCAGAACAUAACCCUUCAGACAAACUGAAUUUGAGCCACAACUCUCAGUUGCAUCUACGCUAUAGAAUUAAUGCAGUCUGACACCACUUUAAGUGUUGUGGCUCAAUGCUAUAGA